AACCCCAACAGGAAACUUUCUCAGCGACCUACAUAUUACCAUGUCUGCAGGGGUGUCCAACCACAAAUCAGAGCUUACCAUUCGCAGUGGACACUUCCAUCAAACCAAAUUGUUGACACCUAAUGUCCCCAACAAUCAUUAAUAUGCCCCUGUCACUGCCCCUGCUGCCCGCAUCGCCACUGGCGAUGCAGAGGGCUACUCAGACACCAGGCACUGCCCGUUACCUUCUCGUCCAUCAUCACAUCAAAGAUUCCAGCCUCUGGUUGUCUAUACCAGAACACCAUUCCUGAUAUAUUAUAUAGCAUCAGGUGUGUCCACGAAUUUGCACUACACUUGACUUUCCUCCCUUUGCUCUGCCUAAGAUGACGGCUGCCACAGCACCAGCACCUAAAUCUAAAAGUCAGAAACCAAUGCCAAAGUUCAAUAUCGGUCCUGAUUACCAGAUUCUCCACAGUCUUGGCGAAGGAGCAUAUGGCACCGUUACCGCUGCUUUGCACAAGCCUAGCGGUCGCAAUGUGGCCAUCAAGAAGAUCCUCCCUUUCGACCAUGCCCUCUUCUGCUUGCGAACCUUACGGGAACUCAAGUUACUCAAAUUUUUUUCCGAAACUUGCGUGAAUGAGAAUAUCAUCUCCAUCUUGGACAUCGUCAAGCCGUCUUCGUUUGACGAUUUUAAGGAGGUUUAUUUCAUUCAAGAGCUCAUGCAGACGGACUUACAUCGAGUGAUACGCACACAACCCUUGUCAGAUGAUCAUUGCCAAUAUUUCAUAUAUCAAACUCUCCGGGCGCUGAAGUCCAUUCACAGUGCAGACAUCGCCCACCGUGACCUCAAGCCAGCAAACCUCCUACUCAAUGCAAACUGCGAUCUUAAAGUCUGUGAUUUUGGUUUGGCACGUAGUGUCAAAUCAACCGUGCCUGGAGGAAAAGAGAUGGGCCUCAUGACGGAAUACGUAGCGACUCGGUGGUAUCGAGCUCCUGAAAUUAUGUUGUCCUUUAAGAUGUAUACUAAGGCUGUUGAUAUGUGGGCUGUCGGUUGCAUCCUUGCAGAGUUGCUGACGGGAAAGCCUCUCUUUCCCGGUCGGGACUACGGACAUCAACUCGACCUCAUAUUAGAUGUCAUAGGCACUCCAACGUUAGAUGAAUUUUAUUCCAUCACUUCGAGAAGAUCAAGAGAUUACAUUCGGGCGCUACCUAUACGGAAGCGGAAAUCAUUCACAACGCUGUUUCCUAAAGUUUCCCCGGAUGCUAUCGAUUUCCUUCAGAAAACACUGACAUUUGAUCAGAGGAAGAGGAUGACCGUCGAUGAAGCGCUUGAGCAUCCAUACCUGGCUACCUAUCACGAUCCAGAAGAUGAACCUGUGGUUGCGUCACUGGAUCCCGACUACUUUUAUUUUGACCAGUACAAGGACGAUCUCACUAAAGCUGAGCUCAAAGAGCUUCUGUACGAGGAAAUCAUGUCUUUCACGCCGUGUAUUUGAGGAGAGUCGACAGCAAUCGCUGUUGACGUAUUUAUUGGGUGCAUAACUUAAUUUUGCUAUUGUUAUCUGUUAUCAUGCAAUAUUUACUAUCUCCCGCGAUGUACUAACCAUGGGACACACGAUGGACACCACAUAAUCUCAUCUACUGCUCACACUAAAGUUAACAUGUAUUUAUGUAGAUGACAGUAGAAGCUAUUGCGCAGAGGACAGGCUAUGGUAUGAAGAGCAAUAGACAAGAGCACUUGCCUUAUACUUGAGUUAAAUGGUAGUUUUUGAAGAUAAGCUUGCUGGGGCUCUUGUUCUUGAGAGAACAAUAGAACAAAUG